UUGUUACAAUUUUGUUCAAGUUUUCUUGUUCUGCUUCUCUAUUCGAUUCAUUGGAUUCCAUGAUUUGAUCUCUCAGACACUGUUAAAGCUCACUGUUUUUGGUUUUUUUUAUCAGUCGAUGUUCAUGUUCGGCUUGUGUUUAGAUCCUUGCGGCUUACGGUUGAAACUUCAAUAGCCCUGCGCCUCAAGUGGUCUUGAUAGAGCUUGAUUUAUUUUACUUUUUCUUUUUCCCCCGGCUUCAAGGUCAAAAGGCUCAGAUACUUUAUAUUUAACGUUUCAAGUGGAAUCAUGAUAUUGUUCACAUUUUCUUCUUAUAAAAUUUGACAUGAGGAAUUUGUGGGCGGUUUCUGGGUUUCUUUCUCGUGGGUAUAGUUUUUCUAUCUUUGUGAAUGUCAGAAUGUCUAUUUUGGUGAGGUCUGGCUGGCUACCUAGACGCUAGCCGCCAAGGGGUGGUGGCUUCAAUGGCAUCUUCUCGUUUGGCUGGAGGAUUAGCGCAGUCUUCAUCGAGUUCUGGGAUUUUCUACCAAGGAGAAGGGCAGUCUUCAGCUAUUGUUAAUUCCCACUUGAGCCAAUCAUUUGCAAAUUCAUCGAGUUCAAUUCCAGGAACUGGAUGUUCUGAUUUUGGUCCAGUUUCCGGAGACAUGAAUAAUGCAGUUUUAAACAGUGUGGCAAAUUCAGGACCCAGUGUGGGUGCAAGUUCAUUGGUUACUGAUGCAAACUCUUCGCUUUCAGGAGGGCCACAUUUGCAAAGGAGUGCAAGCAUCAAUACGGAGUCAUACAUGCGCUUGCCUGCAUCGCCUAUGUCAUUCAAUUCAAAUAACAUUAGUGUGUCCGGUUCCUCAGUUAUAGAUGGAUCCUGCGUGGUGCAGCAAAAUUCUCAACAGGACCAAAAUGUCCAACACAUUCAGCAACAGGCACAGCAAGGUGCUUCACAUGCCACAUCAUUUCCAACAUCACAAAUAGGCCAAGUACCACUUCCCCUGGGUGCAAAAUUUCAGGUGUCUUUCAUUCCAGAUCCAAAUAAUUAUUCUCAGAUGCAGAAGAAACCACGACUGGAUAUAAAGCAGGAAGAUGUGCUGCAACAGCAAGUUUUGCAGCAGCUAUUUCAGAGACAGGAUUCCAUGCAUCUGCAAAACAGUAACUCGCAGUUACAAGCUUUAUUUCAACAACAAAGAAUGCGACAACAGCAACAGAUUUUGCAGUCUCUACCUCAGUACAGAGCUCAGUUUCAGCAGCAGCAGCAGCAGAUACAGUUGAGGCAGCAAUUGCAACAACCGCAGGCAAUGCAGCCAGUAUCACCCAUGAAGCGCCCAAUUGAUGGUGGUGUUUGUUCUCGUCGGAUGAUGCAAUAUUUAUAUCAUCAGCGGCAAAGGCCUCCUGAGAAUAGUAUAGCCUACUGGAGAAAGUUUGUGGCAGAGUAUUACUCUCCUCGUGCGAAGAAAAGAUGGUGCUUGUCAUUGUACGAGAAUGUUGGCCACCAUGCUCUUGGUGUGUUUCCCCAGGCAGCUAUGGAUGCGUGGCACUGCGACAUCUGUGGCUCCAAAUCAGGAAGGGGAUUUGAGGCCACAUUUGAAGUUCUCCCAAGACUCAACGAGAUCAAAUUUGGAAGUGGAGUUAUGGAUGAGCUUUUAUUUCUGGACCGUCCACAUGAAAGGAGCUUUCCUUCUGGAAUUAUGAUGUUAGAAUAUCGAAAAGCAAUUCAAGAGAGUGUAUAUGAGCAACUUCGUGUUGUUCGUGAGGGUCAUCUUCGUAUCAUAUUCACACAAGACUUGAAGAUUUUGUCUUGGGAAUUUUGUGCACGGCGUCAUGAAGAACUUCUUCCACGUAGGUUGGUUGCACCUCAGGUGAAUCAGCUGUUACAGGUUGCCCAGAAAAGCCAAAGCACAAUUGCUGAAAGUGGUCCUGAUGGUGUCUCUCAGAAAGAUUUGCAGGCAAAUAGCAAUAUGGUACUGACGGCUGGUCGUCAGCUUGCUAAAAGUCUGGAGUUGCAGUUGCUGAAUGACUUGGGUUUCUCUAAAAGAUACGUGAGAUGCUUGCAGAUAUCAGAGGUUGUCAACAGAAUGAAAGAUCUGAUUGGCUUCUGCCGAGAUCAAAAAGUUGGGCCUAUUGAGGGCUUGAAAAAUUAUCCCAGACAUGCCACUGCAGCCAAGCUCCAGAUUCAGAAAAUGCAGGAGAUGGAGCAAUUAGCAAGCAUUCAAGGUCUUCCCACAGAUCGCAACACAAUGAAUAAGCUGAUGGCAAUGCAUUCUGAGCUUGAUAAUCAUGGGAUUAACAACCAUCAAAUGAUUGGUCGAGGAGGUAUGAGUGGUUCACAAGCCGCUUUGGCACUGACUACAUACCAGAAUAUGCUCAUGAGACAAAGCUCUAUGAAUUCCAACCCGAGCCCACACCAACAGGAGGCCUCGUCUUCUUUCAAUAAUGCCAACUAUAAUCCAUCCCCUACACUCCAUGGGACUGCAUCUUUGAUGCCUGGAUCUAUACAGAACUCCUCUGUCGGUGGCUUUUCAAGCGUUCAGCAAACCUUGCAAAAGCAAUCGCAGCAGCUGCAGCAGCAUCCACCGAAUACUGGCUCCUUGGUCCAACAAAAUCAUCCUCAGACAAUUCAAGGUAGCCAGGCCAUACAACAACAGAUGAUCCAACAACUACUGCAGAUAUCAAGUAACAGUAAGAGUGGUGGUGCACAACAGCAGCCCCUGACCGGACCAAUUGCAAAUAGAAGUUUGGGAAGAAGGGGUAUGAGUUUUGUGGGCAAUAGUACAUCAGUUGUAGCUGGGAGCAAUGCCCCUGGCCCGAGUAGAAGCAAUAGCUUCAAAGCUGCUUCAAAUAACGAGUCCUCGGCUGGUAACAGUGGAUUCAAUCAGAAGGCUUCUGAUUUGCAGCAAGAUCUUCCUCUGCCCGAGGGUCUGGUAGAAGAUAUAGGCCAAGAUUUCCCUGAAAAUGGGUUUAUGAACAAUGACCUUGACGAGGAUUUGGGUUAUGUCUGGAAGGCUUGACUAACAUAAUUUGGCUGGCAUUGUUGGGCCCUUUCCCGAAAUAUGGUUAAGAAAACUGUACAGGAUGAUAAAUCUGAUGAAGUAGUUGGGUCCUUUUUGUUCCCUCCCUAUUUCCCCCUCGUAAUCUGUGGCUUUGCUGUGCAUCAUUUGAUUUGAAUGCCUCGAUGAAAGCUCCCCGCCGUUGGUACUGCUGGAUGUGGAGAUGCUCUCUGUCAACUCCUCGCUGAUUUAGCACUGCUCUUUGGGGCUUUCGUUCCAUGGUUCCAAGUUUAAUCAUUUGACAUGGAAACUCUAAAAACAACCUUGGCAACUACCUUAGUUUCCUGUUACUCUAUUUUUAUCUUAAAUCCGUUUAGUUUAACGUGAAUUGUGCAUUUUUGUCCGAAAGAUCAACUAAGGAACUGCCCUGGUGAAUGUUCACUUUCAUUUCA